CUCUCUCACUACCACAAAUUCUUCAAACUCCUACGGACUACCAUACUUCAUAUCUACACAACAUGCGCAAACCAUCCCAAAAAACCACUGCCCCGCCACCAACCUACCACGCCAAAUCCAUCCUCAAAUACGACUUCAAAACCAUCAACCGCACCUGCCCAACACCACGCAACCUAUGGACCGUUAUCUGCACCCAAUCCUUCCCCCUCUCCCAAUUCACGCAAAGCGAAGAAUGCCACGUCCUUGCAGGCAACCCCCCAUUUCACAAACGAACCCUCUUCGACUGCAUCGUGAUACGAUCCUACGAUCCGGACUGUAUCGAUUACUCCGCUCACGUUCCCAUCUUCGUUGUUCUAUACAAGGACGCAACAGAAGAUACCGAGAUGGGUUGGGAGCACGCGAAGGCCCAGAUGCUCGAGUACUGUCGGGAUAGUUUGAAAGGGAGGAAACGAAUCUAUGGGGUUUUGGCGGUUGGGAUGAAGGUGAGGGUUUGUUGUUGUUCGUAUCCGGUGGGGUAUACGUCUAUUGAGGAUGGGAUUGAGUUGGAUCUGGAAGAUCCUGCUGAUAGAUGUGGGCUGGAGGAGGCUUUGGUGGUUGUUAGGGAGAGGGGGUGGAGGUGGGCUACUGAUUUGAGGUUCUGAG